UUCUAUGGAGCAGCGGGUGUAAACGGAAUUUACAUCCGCUUGCAUCCGAUCCAAUCCUUGGGAUGGAAACGGACAACGAGCUGUGCCAGUGUGCUUACAUAGUGAAACACACACACACAGCACACAGUUAACCCAUUGAUCAUCCCAGAUGUUAACCCCUUCCUGCCCAGUGCCAUUAGUACAGUGUCAGUUCUUUUUAUUAGCACUGAUCACUGUAUUCAUGUCACUAGGGAUGUCAGUGACAGUUAGUUCCCCCCCAGUGUCAGAAUGCCCGCCGCAGUCCCGCUAUAAGUUGCUGAUCGCGGCUAUUACUAGUAUAAAACAAAAUAAAAUUCCAAUAUAUAUAACGCCAUUUGUAGACUCUAUAACUUUCAUGUAAACCAAUUAAUUUA